AUGAAAUUUAUGUUUAUAUACUUUUUAUGUUUUCUUCUCUUCGUCUUCAGUACUCAACUCUUGCUCGGAGCAGCUGAUGCUUCUCCUGAGCAAGUGAUUGACACAGAAGGCAAGAUAGUUCGGACCGGCAUGAAUUAUUAUAUUCGGCCGGUUCCCACAACUCCGUGUGAUGGCCGAGGGCCUUGUGUGGUUGGAAGUGGCUUUGUGCUCAUAGCAAGAUCAACAAAUGAAACUUGCCCCCUUAAUGUUGUGGUGGUUGAGGGUUUUCGUGGCCAGGCAGUGACAUUCACCCCAGUUGACCCUAAGAAAGGUGUUAUUAGGGUAUCUACUGAUCUGAACAUCAAAACCUCCCUUGAGACAAGCUGUACUCAAUCCACUGUAUGGAAGCUUGAUGCUUUUGAUGCCUCAAGUGGACAGUGGUUUGUGACUACCGGUGGUGUUAUAGGAAACCCUGGCAAGGAUACCAUCGAUAAUUGGUUCAAGAUUGAGAAGUAUGAUGAUGAUUAUAAGCUCGUUUUUUGCCCCACAGUGUGCAAUUUUUGCAAGCCUUUAUGCAAGAAUGUUGGGGUGUUUAGGGAUAGCAAUGGGAAUCAGCGUGUGGCUUUAACUGAUGCACCCUACAAAGUUAGAUUCCAGCCAUCUACUUGA